UUUUCCAGAAUAGUACUCUUGAAUACUGCAACCUAAAACCCUAGGACUAGGGUUUCUCCUCAAUUGGUUGCCCACAUGAGCCUGUCCAAAGCCCAAAUGCCAACAUCCUCCCACUCACCCGUAAUAGGCAGGCCACUCUAAGCAGAAUUAUCUCUUAUUUGCUUCCAUCCACUUUUCCUAUGUGUACAAGGGGAAAUGGUCCUCGACUAGCCUAACCUGCAGCUUGGGACACUACAGCGAAGCUCCAUCAAAUCUAGCAUAGUGUAACCCUUAAAGAAACUGUCUUGUUCUGCCCUAGAGAUAUCUGAUCACAUCAAAUUGAGUGUCCUCAAAUCCCUCAUGUCUUAUGAAAAACUCAGAGCCACACUCAAAACCACCAAAAAUCACUUUGUCAUGUACCCCACAAUCAUGUCCUAGACUCCUCAAUCAAGUGAGACCAAAAAUUUAUCUAAUUGGGACGAAGGCGAAUUGUGAUUAUUCAACCAAGUAAAAGAACCCCCUUUAAAAAGCAAAUCCAACAUAGCUUGUUUUAAUAUAAAUGCAGAAAAAUCUUAAACCUUACAUUGUUUUUGGUCCCCCUUCCUUUCACUUGGUAAACGGAAAAUGUUAAUACUCUCCCUAUUGCACUAGGGUAUGCUCCACCAACUAUAAAUUCAUGUUUGCUUCUCCUAGAGCUACCUUCUAGUUGCAUUUAUUAACUCCUAAGUAAGCCCAUUCAAAGUCAUCUUUUGUGCUUAAAAAUUUACAAGAAAUAGAAUACUCAGCUACUACCUCUUCAACAUUUUUAACAACCUUUUUGUCCCACCUUAACAGAUACCAUCAGAUUGAAAGGAUCAAAAGUCUAUUUAGGUCUAGGUUAAAUUAGGAUAAGUGUUAUGAGUUUGUGAGUUAGGGUUGAUAGGGUUUCAAUCUAGGGUUUCAGGUAUAAGUGGAUCUGAUAAUGGUGGAAAUUUUUGUGCUUGGGAUGAAUGGGAAAUGAGAGAGCUGAUUAGGGACUGUUUGAGGGAGUCCAACCUCCAAGAAAGGAGAAAACAUUGAAUUUGGGAGAGAGAGAAUAAGAGAGAGCACAAAAUGCUUCACUAAGCGUUACAUGGGAGCUUAUAUACAUUGCCAAACUCAAUUGCGAUUGCUUGGGCAUUUCUAGCAUGUGCUAAAGAUGUGUAAUUAUAUUUUAACAUGUGUUAAAUGAGCCCAUAGACUACCUAUAUAAAAAGGAGAGCCCACAAACUGACUUUUACAAAGUAGGAUUAUCCACUAAUUCAUGUAUGUGCUAGAAUUAUCUCUCUAAUUAACUUUUACAAAUGUGCUCAAUCAAAUUUAACACUUGAAUUAGCUUUAAUCUGAGCUCUAACUUGACCACUCAAGGUGCUGACAUGUGUAUGCUAGCUGGAUGAAGUUUCCCUAGAAAAAUGGGCCCCAUUGAGCAAGCCAGUGCUGAUUUCGACACUUAUGAUGCAAAAGGAAUUGUCAAUCGGCAGUUGCACUCUAGGGUGUCCCCACCAACUUGUUUUGGCACAAUUCCCUUUCCUUUAGAACACCAUGCCCAUGAGGUGAGGGAACCUUUGCUGCAUCUGGUGGAGAACUUCCCAAGUAGCUUCUUUUUGGAGGCCUUGCCACUUGACACAUACUUUGGUGAUAGAUCAAUUCCGCAACUUCUUACUCCUUUGUUGCAAAUCUCUCUUGGGUUUCGGGGAAAACUCACCAUCUUGAUCAAUAGGAGGUAAGAUGGGUAAGGGGGCAAUGUUUUUCCCAAGCUUGCGCUUGCGUACUUCGGUGUAGGAUGAAUAUGAGAAUCUUGAGGCAGUUCCAAUAUGUAAGCCCCUUUCCCAAUCCUUUGGAUGAUUUUGAAAGGUCCAAAGAACCUAGCAGAUAACUUCAAAUGGUUGCAAAGGCCCAUAGAUUUUUGGAUGUACGAUUGCAACUCAAAAGGUCUGAAUCCCCUAAUUCAAAUUCCUUCUCAGUUCGCUCCUUGCCGGCUUGGGACUUCAUCUUCUUUUGAGCUACUGUGAGAUUAUGCUUUAAGGUAGCGAAGAUUUGAUUUUGAGUUUUCAAAUGAUCCUCCUGUGCUUUUACCUUUUUAGUGCCCAAAAUAUAGUCCAUGAGCCUUGGGAGUGGAACCUUAUACAAUGCUUUGAAUGGUGUCAUCUUUGUUGUGGUGGGGUAAUAGGUGUUGUACCAAUAUGUGGCUAAGGGCAGCCACUCCAACCAUAUUUUUGGUCUUUCACAAGCAUAAGGUCAUAGGUAAUGCAUAAGACUUUUAUUCACGAUUUUUCUUUGGCCAUUCAUAUGCGGGUUGUAGGUGGUUGACAUGGCCAAUUGGGUUCCUUGGAGUUUAGACUACUCACUCCAAAAAUUUCUGGUGAAGACUUGUAUUUCUGAUUAAAGCAUAGAGAGAAAUCUCUAAUAAUUUCUCACUUUGCUCUUCCUGGGGGGCAACCACUCUCUUCAUAACUUCCUACGUAAAACUCUCAUCUUUCUCCUUUAAAGUGGAUUGAACAUCCAUCAAGAAGAGUUUGCGGUUUUACCUUCAUGCUCGACAUGCCAUUUAUUGUCACAAUUAUAGCAUAUCCCCUUCCGUUGUAUCUCCUCCAUUUGCACUUGAGAGAUUCUUUGCAAGGGCAUCUUUGUUUUUGGGUCCACCUUGAUGUCAUUCUUGGUAGGUUCUCCAAGAAUGGAAGGCCUUCUGAUUUCAUGUGUGGCUUUAAAUCUUUUCUUGAUGACCAACAUGUACUUCUCUUGAAUUUUUUGAGACCAAAUGCGGCAUCGAGAUGAAUGGGGGUUCAACAUCCUUACCAGAAGUCAAAUUUCAUCUUGCAAGCUAGUUAGAAGUAACUUAGCUUGUGUCUCCUUGAAAGACCCUUGAUGCUGUUGGAGAGAGCUUUGAAUUGAGCUUUCUAAUGUGGCAAUGUCAAGGUUUGCUUUAAUUGUGCAAGUGCCUCUUCUGGGUCGUCAUGGGCUGUUGUUCCAAAACAAAAGUGUGACUAUUUGUCAAAAGUGUGGUGACAGAGGCUUCUCUGUGGCAUUGAUCUACUGUGACAGAUGUUCGGUUUAUGCUCAACAUCGCUAUUGCUUGGAUGUGCUGCCUGCAACUUUUGAUGAAUAUGUUAUUUGGUUUUGUGCGGAUUGUGAACCAAAGAUUCAAAAGCUGUCUACUAUCAUCAAUACCAAUGCUCUCCCAUCUGGAAUAAGUCAAUCUGUAAAUUUGAAAAAUGUGCAAGCGACCCAAUCUAGAAUAAGAUUACAGAAGAAUCUCGAAAGAUUGAAGAAAAAGGUUAAAAAGACAAAGAAUAAGAAGAAAAGAAAGGACAUCACUGCCUCUGUGGCUAAAAUGGGUAAACAAAUAUGUAAAAAAAGCCCUUCCCUUCAACUCAAUAAGAUGCAUUCUGGUGAUAUCUUUGAAAAAGACAAGAAGCUUGGACAGGAGUUGCGAGUGAUAGUGACAGAUGGUGCCAAUUACAAUUAUGAAGUCGAACUGGGACUGCAUCUGAAAGAUGGGCCCAACUUGGUUGAAGAGGCUGUAUCUGUUGCUCUUCGAUGUAAUGAGACACUUGAGAAUUGUGAAGGUCAGAAGGUUGGACAAGAGUUGGGACUGCAUCUGAAAGAUGGGACCAACUUGGUUGAAGAGGCCCUAUCUUGUCACCCUUCUGUUCAAUGCAAUGAGAUGCUUAAGAAUUGUGAAGAAGGUCAGAAGGUUGGACAAGAGUUGGGGCUGCAUCUGAAAGAUGGGACCAACUUGCUUGAAGAGGCAAUAUCUGUUAACCCUUCUCUUCGAUGCAGUGAGAAGCUUGAGAAUUGUGAAGAAGGUCAGAAGGUUGGACAAGAGCUGGGACUGCAUCUGAAAGAUGAGAGCAUCUUGGUCGAAGAGGCCGUAUCUGUUAAUCCUUCUCUUCGAUGCAAUGAGAAGCUUGAGAGUUGUGAAGAUCAGAAGGUUGGACAAGAGUUGGGACUUCAGCUGAAAGAUGAGACCAACUUGGUUGAAGAGGCUGUAUCUGUUAACCCUUCUCUUCGAUGCAAUGAGACACUUGAGAAUUGUGAAGAAGGUCAGAAGGUUGGACAAGAAUUGGGACUACAUCUGAAAGAUGGGACCAACUUGGUUGAAGAGGCUGUAUCUGUUAACCCUUCUCCUCGCUGCAAUCAGAGGCUUGAGAACUGUGAAGAAGGUCAGAAGCCUGGACACAAAUUCAUUGUGGAUCUGAAAGAUGAGACCAAGUUUGUUAAAGAGGCUGAAUAUGUUAAAACCUCUCAAAUAGCUACCAGUGACCCUUCCAAUACCUUAGAACAAAAAUGUUACGUUACUGCACAGCCUAUCAUUGAUCCUAUCUGGAGGGGAAGUUUUUGUAUCCGCAACAGAAGUUCUGGAGCUGUUGGCCUUGUAGCUCAUUUGUCUUGCCUGGCAUGCUAUAAAGUGUGUGAGGAGGCAAAACUAAUGCCGGAGUUGCUAUAUGCUGAACUGUUUCGUAGGUCAGAUGUGUGGCCAAAAGGUUUUGAGAAGCAGGGCCCAUCCGACCAGAGUAUUGCUCUUUAUUUCUUUCCAAAGAAUGAAAGUGAUGGAAAGGCUUUUGGGAGCCUGGUGGAUAGCAUGAUUAGCCAAGACCUUGCCAUGAGAUCCAUGGUGCAAAAUGCAGAACUUUUGGUUUUCGCUUCUACUGUACUUCCUGCGCAAUAUAGGAGAUUUCAGGCAAAGUUUUAUUUGUGGGGGGUGUUUAGGAGAAAGCAAGUGUCACAUGUAACAAAUACAUUUGUCCCUGAAGUGGAGAAAACCCGUACAAAUGCCUUAACCUGGGAUAGGCGGCCGAGUUCUACCAGUCUUUUAAGUAGCAGUGAUAGCCAUGGUUCUGAUUCACUGUAUUCUUUUUGUGCUUCAGUGUUUUGAUUUCGUUCAUUAGAAUCUGUAUAGUUUUUGUUGCUCUCUCUCUCUCUGCAACAGGGCCAUGAUAUGGAGUAGAAAUUUGAAUUGCAUACUAGAGAUAAAUCCAUGGAGUGUCCUAAUCCUUUGGGCAGCAACUUUCAGACACGAAAAGAGAGAGAGAGAGAGAGAGAAGGGGGGGGAGGGUGUUGAACUAUCUCUAAAUAUAAAUAGAAGAAUCCCGAAUUAGCAACUAUCCACAAGUGUCAAUUCAUUCAGGCAAGAGAGCAACAAUUGUUUUGUUUUCACAUGUUAGCUAAAAUAGGUUAUUGGGAAUAGGCUUUCAUCUCUACAUGCAUUUGUUAUAGCAAAUAAAGAAUUUGUAGUUGAUGGUCAAGGUAGUGUAAUUAAUACUAGAGCGAAUAUUAUUGAAUGUGUUAACCUUGGUAUGGAAUGUA